AUGUCUCGAUUUAGCAACAACCUAAUCGGACUCCUCAACUUCCUGACCCUGCUCCUCUCAAUCCCCAUCCUCGUGAUGGGCGUAUGGCUCCACAAAAAAUCCACCAGCGAAUGCGAACGCUUCCUCGAGAAGCCAAUCAUCGCCCUCAGCGUUUUUCUCUUGGUGGUUUCUCUCAUGGGAUUAAUCGGUGCUUGUUGCAGAGUUUCGUGGCUUCUCUGGUUCUACCUCCUCGUCAUGUUCUUACUCAUCGUUCUUCUUUUCGCUUUCACCAUCUUUGCCUUUUUUGUUACUAAUAAAGGGGCGGGUGAAGCGGUCUCCAAUCGCGGGUAUAAGGAGUAUAAGCUUGGGGAUUAUUCGAAUUGGUUGCAGAAUAAGGUUACGGAUGGGGGUAAUUGGAAAAGGAUUAGAAGCUGUUUGGUGUCCGGGAAGGUUUGUGAGGAUUUUCAAGCCAAGUUUGGGAAAGAUAGUGUUGAACAAUUUCAUGCUCAGAAGUUGUCUGCUCUUCAGGACACAACUCUUGUUCCAUGCCAAAUGCUCACACAAUCAUGCAUUGAUGCACUUUCACCGCUGCUGUGCGUGAAGGCUCAUUCGUCGUCGUUAUGGAAUAAGGCUUUGUUAUCGUCCUUAUUCGUGAAGCCUAUGUCAAUGCGGCAAGGAUAUAGAACAAUAGGAUGA